AUGCUCACUAUCAACGAUCAAAUCGCCAAAGAGGGCAAAUGUUACUACAACAACGUACAGCACGCCCCAACGGAUGGCUUCCUUGGUGCAAUCGGAAAUACACCACUUAUACGCUUGAACCGUUUAUCAGAAGAAGUAGACGCUGACAUCUAUGGUAAAGCUGAGUUCAUGAACCCGGGUGGUAGUGUAAAGGACAGAGCUGCACUCGGUCUUGUUCUAGAUGCAGAAGAGAAGGGUCAACUCAAGUCAGGCGGUACCGUUGUAGAAGGCACAGCUGGAAAUACCGGUAUCGGUUUAGCCCAUGUUUGUAGAGCACGCGGUUAUAAGUGUGUCAUUUACAUGCCUAACACUCAAUCAAGCGAGAAGAUCGACCUUCUCCGUAUGCUUGGUGCAGAAGUACACCCAGUUCCUGCCGUCGCUUUCGACAAUCCACAAAACUACAACCAUCAAGCAAAGAGACACGCAGACAGCAUUCCAAACGCCGUAUGGACCAACCAGUUCGACAACCCAGAUGGCAAUAGAGAUGUACAUAUACAUACGACAGGUCCUGAAAUCUGGAAUCAGACUGAAGGAAAGGUAGAUGCAUUCACCUGUAGUACAGGUACAGGUGGAACAUUCGCCGGUGUUACUAACUACUUGAAAUCAAUGAACAAGGACGUCAGCUGUUACAUUGCUGAUCCACCGGGAUCAGUUCUCGCAAGUUACGUACAAACUAAAGGCGAAAAGAUGGACAGAUCAGGUGGUUCCAUCACAGAGGGUAUUGGUCAGGGUAGAAUAACUGCAAAUAUGACCGUCGAUGUCAAGUCAGCUGAUGGUGGUUUCACAGUACCAGAUUCAGAUUCUAUAGCUAUGUUAUACAGAUUAUUAGAUGAGGAAGGUAUCUACCUUGGUGCUUCAUCUGCUCUCAACGUCGCUGCUGCAUACAAACUCGGAAAAGAUCUUGGUAGAAAGAGCGACGGUAGUAGACGUCAAAUAGUCACAAUCCUCUGCGAUGGUGCUUACAGAUACCAAUCACGUUUAUUCUCACGCAAGUGGCUCGAAUCAAAGAACCUUGUUGAUGCUAUUCCAGCACACCUCCAAAAGUACAUCAUCUUGGAAUAAUUGCACAUGUUAAAUAAAAGAUUUAAGAAUAGACUGUUAGAUAAAAGAUUUGAGAAUAAUUUAGUAAACGCAAAAACGAAGUAUAUGUAUAAUAAAAAUAUAAAUAAG